AUGCGCAGGCGCCCCCGAGCCGCGCGGGCGCAGCGCAUGCGCAGGCGCCCCGAGCCGCGCUCGCGCAGUAAAGAAACCUUGCUGGUGUGGGAGCUGAGCUCUGGACCCACGGCCGAGGCCUUGCAACAUUCUCUGUUCACAGUCUUCUCCCAGUUUGGCCUUCUGUAUUCGGUCCGAGUCUUCCCAAACGCAGCAGUGGCCGGUCCUGUGUUCUAUGCCAUCAUCGAGGUUUAUUCAGCAAGGGAUGCCCACAGAGCCCAAAAGGCAUGCGACCAGAAGCAGCUUUUUCAGACAUCUCCAGUGAAGGUUCGUCUCGGCACCAGACAUAAGGCGGUUCAACAUAAUACGCUUGCCCCAAACAGCUCCAGAUGCCAAGAAUUGGCAAAUUACUACUUUGGUUUCAAUGGGUGGUCAAAAAGGAUCAUCAAGAGGUGGUGUUGCCCUCCCACGAGUGCAGGAGUCCUGGAGUUGGCAUGGCUGAGGAAGGAACCUUUGGGGUCAUUAUCAUUCCUUAUGAAAAGGAAGGUAACCCAGAAGCUUGCUAUUCAGAAGGCUAUGACAGAUGCAUUCCAGAAACUGCUGAUUGUGGUUUUAGAAAGUGGUAAAAUAGCUGUGGCAUAUAGACCCUGUGAAGAGGUCACCGAUGAUGCUAGAACCGAAGAGGAACUACAGGAUUUAAUUCAAGUCAGCUACUUUUCUUGUCAGCCGUGUGGCCAAAGGGGAGAAGAAUGCCUCUCAGACUUGAGCUUUGAGGAGGAAGAGUUCACAUUGCCAGAACUGGACUAGCACUUUUGAAUUUCCCAGAAUGCCAGUCCAGAUGUUGGCCCCGCCUCAUCAGGAGUUGACUGAGACUGAGGUUCCACACCCGGACACGGAUUCGGUUGGAGAGCUGCCUACAGGGCCAGAUCAGUUUGCUGUUCCACAGCAGGAUGUGAGUAAUGAGCAAACCCAACAUCAAAAGCUCCCAGAGGAAG